UCAGACACACGUUGAGCAACGAUAGGCUAUAAGGCAACAUACAACAAUGUCACAAACACACACACUCCCACACACUUCCACACACGAGGCGCUGUGCCAGAGAGACAAAUGAGGAAGUGAGUUAUCUGAUUGAACUUCGCAGAGAGGUGUAGACGCGGCGAGCAGCGCGCUUUUGGUUUCUUUUUUACUAAAAAACAGAAACGAACCUCUCUCUUUUAACCUGCAUUUUCUACGCGACAUCACACCAAAUAAAGACCAUGGACAAGCUGAAGUCAGAAGAAGACAAACUUGUUACGUGUCUUUCAAGUGACCCUGAUUACAUCCUUGAUCAGUGUGGGGAUAUUUUAUCUAUGAACGAAUUCAAAGAGGCCAAAAAGCAAAGUGGUGCAGCGGACAAGAUGAGAGUGCUUUUGAAAAUAAUACUUCAAAAGGGAGAAGAUACAGCUCGGAGCUUCUUUGAGAUUCUGAAGCAGCAUCAAGCACAUUAUCCACAACUGCAACAGGUUAUUAACCCAAGUGCUCAAGGCUCCGCCACUCCAACAGUGUUCGCUGAUGAUAGCAGUGUUGUUAACGCCAGAGAAAUAACAAAUACAAAAGCAAAAUCCAUCAACAUGAAGAUUGAAGCAGUGAGUCAACCAGGAAGUGGGGCAUCUGGGAACGUUGUUGGACAGUUUCCCAAAGCAGAUCUGAUCGCACUGGGUGGCAGUGUAAUAUGUGCUGACAAAAUAACAAAUGUCAACAUUGAUGGUGACAUAGAUUUGUCUGUGUCUGUGAAACCAGCAAAUGCAUGUGCAGGGCCAGUAGAUAAGAGACAGCCUUCCUCUCAGGGUCCCGCUGGGAAAAUGAUCACUAGGCACAAAGUGAAGAUCAUUGACUGCCUGAGGAGAGAUCACUCCUACAUUCUGCAGCUUGUGCACCAAAAAGAAAUCGUCGACGAGAGACAAUAUGAUAAACUAAAGCAUAUAUCACAGCCAGAACAAACUAUUAUCGACCUGAUCGAUCAGGUGAUUGGUAAAGGUGAAGAGUACUGCUCUCAGUUUCUUGAAGUUCUCAAAGAGCCUGAUGUUCUCAUCACCUACCCACAGCUCAAAGAAAUUACAAAGAAUUGGUGAUAAGCAAUGUGAAUGUCAUAUGUUUUUUUCUAUGCACUGAACAUUUUGUAAUCGACAUUUUUACGGAUUAAAACAUUUAAUUUUCAAAUGUGUCUGUCACACCCUGCCUGGACUUUGGGUGUUUUUUGGUCUUUUUAUGUU